AUUCUCGUGGCCUCACAUUUCACAACAAUUGGCGCGCGGCGGGGAGGGGGUGGUGGUGGGCUGUGCCGAAACUUAGUCGUGAAAGUUAGCUCAGCAACAAUAAAGUCGUAACGUCGCCAAUUCAUAUCUAGCACUGCCGCCGCCGUCGUCAUCAUCGAUCCCCAAGCCAUAUAAAGUCGUUCUUUCUUUUUCAGCUUAACAACAGCGAGAGCCGCGAAAUCAUCGCUCGUCCGGCGCGUUUGCAUGUACGCAAAGAAGCGCUGCGUAAAAAAAAAAAAGAGACACCUGUUUUUUGUUAUGCGUUUCUGUUCUUCGUCUUCAAGGCGGAAAGAAGUUCGAGGACAGUGGCCCCGAAUACACCGUGGGAAGGAGUGAGGAGCCGUGCCGCUUGAGGUUUUUUUUGCGGUGUGUCUCGGGCUGAACGAUAAAACGAAGUCGAACUUUGGACAGAAGUUGAGGAAUUCUCUCACGGCAAGACAACCUUGGGCGCUUGUAGGCGUCGCGGGCGGUUGUAGGCGAGCGGCAGGAGGGGGAGGUCAAGGCGGGACAAGGGGCAAGACAAGGGGCAAGGCAAGGGGCAGGGCAAGGCAAAGGAGCAAGGGAAGAGGGGGCAGGGCAGGUCCCCGGGCCAUGCGGCUCGUCGCGGCUAUGUCUGGCCCAGGCAGCGGAGCCAACUCGUACCUUGCUCCGAUCGCGGAGCACCAGGGGGGCCCUGCGAGCCCCGAGACGCCCGGGGGAACGGCGCGGGACGUGCGCAUCGCGGUGCUGGGAGCCGGGGGAGUCGGCAAGACCGCGUUGGUGGUGAGGUUCCUGACCAAGCGUUUCAUCGGCGACUAUGAAGCCAACACCGGUAACCUUUACACAAGGCACGUACAGGUGGAUGGAGAGCAGCUUCUGCUGCAGAUGCAGGACACGCCUGGAGUCCAGGUCAUCGGCGACACGCUUUGCUGCCACGAGGUUGUGUCGCGCUCCUUCCUCUGGGCCGACGCGUUCGUGCUGGCCUUCUCCGUCACGGACCGCCAGAGCUUCCGCCACAUCCGCCGCCUCUACGAGUGCAUCUGCCACGCACGGGGCCAGCCCGCCGCCGUGACGCCCUCGCCCGGCACGGGCCUCCCGCAGGGCCCCGUCGUGGCGGUCGUGGGCAACAAGACGGACCUCCUGCACGCCCGGCAGGUGGACGCGUCGGAGGGCUGGCACCUCGCCAACGAGCUGGGCUGCGCGUUCUACCGCGAGGCCUCGGCCGCCGACAGCUGCCACGGCGUCGCCGAGGCCUUCCUGGGACUCUUCCGCGAGGUGUGCAAGGCGCAGGCGGCCGGGAACGGUGCCCGCAAUGGCGCCGGCGGCGGCACCGGCGGCGAGAAGAGGAAAGCCAGCCUCGUCAUCCCGCGGCCAAAGUCGCCAAACAUGCAGGACCUCAAAAGGCGCUUCAAGCAGGCGCUCACCUCCAAAGGCAAGAUGGGAUCGUCGUUCUGAGGUUGGCCGUGCGAGGAGAGACUGCACGCGAUGAGACUCGGCCCGAUGCCACUUUUUUGUACAAUGGAAUUUCCGAAGCUGGGACGAUUGCUCGUCGGCUACGCUGAAGAGGUCACGUUCGUCGCUUUGUGCUGAGAGCAGGAAGAGAGGACGUCGUCGUUGUACUUCUUGUCAUAUAAGGAAGUUUUUGGCAUUAUGGUGUUCAAACCUUUGGGUUGGAUUUGUUGAAAAGUAUGUUCCGAUGUUAAACAUAGGACUUGUGUAUAUAGUUUUGAUGAAAACCCGAAAAAAUAUACUUUCCAUGACUCCAUCUCUGACCUUUACGAUGCUUACAUUGGCUGUCUCCUCGUGCGAUUUAAAUCAGACGCAAUCACUCGAUUGAGGAAACCGUGACAGUUUAAAUGUUGCACAGGCCAAUGUUAGGGAAAGCUUAUGGGGCAUUCUUUAGUAGGUUUACCUGAAGCAUCGACACACUGGUGUUUAGAGUUUAAAAGGUGAGUGCGUGCACACAAGUGCAGAGGGAGUUUACAGCAUCAGAGAAAGAACCCAUGGCCAUCUGAAGAUCAUUAGCCAAACAUUCUAAGAUUUCACUCCCUUUGCGAGUAUCUCUCGGUUAUUGGCAAAGUUAAUUGUGGGUGGCAAAACAGUGUCCAGAUUUUGAGAAAUUAUGUACGGAUAUGAUCCUACGUCAUUGCAAUGCGUGCGUGUAACUUAAUAUAAUGAAAUAGUGACAAAAUAGUGAACUUUUCAUGGAUACAAAAUAUUGACGCACGGACGACCUGAUUUCGUUUCGGAAACAUUUUGUCGUGCAGUGUUACGUUUCAAGCACGUGCUAUUUUUGGUUAGUUUACAUACAGCGUCGAGCAGUAAGUGCAAGCACAUGUUCUAAACAAUAAUCGGACUUUCUUGCUCCCUUUUAUGGAGAGCCGCGCGCUAUAGCAUGAGCUUAUGCAAUAUUGGUACAAAACCCCGGGGCCUUUUUAGGGAGGUGAAUGAAGUAAAAGUAGAGCCCUCGCACCAAAUGCGUGGAGUCUGAUAUUGACUCGGUGUUGCCCAUCUUGUGUGUGCAGUUUCUAUUUCACGAGCACAAGCAAGUUUGUAUUGGUAAGCUGGUAAGGUUGCCAUAACGAUCAUGCAAACGUCAAGAAAUCUGGCAUAUGUAUAGCAGACUUGCCGCAGGUCAUCUAAAAUGCCUGUGAGGCUGUG